AAACUCAGUAAGUUAGCCUAUGCGAUGUUUUGCAUGUAAAUAAGGAAAUCCCCAUAUCUGUACACAGCCAUAAAUAUGUUUAACAUAGAUAAAUAACACAAGUCCUUUAUCAACAGAACGAGAGGACUCAAUUGAGAACAAACUUAAAUCAAACGUCGUCAAAAACUUUUCACACCUUCCCGCAUUCCAAGCUCCAGACAAUUCGCCAACCGCAAACUAAAUUUCUUUAGGAAUAUGAAGAUACUUACACAGCCUGAACCCAAAUGGACCUCUGGUUGGGAAGCAUUUUACACCUGAUUUACUCCAAAGGGUUCAAGGAUUUGGGAACGACAUACGGUUUACCGUGAAUCUAUUCAUAUUUAAUGGAGUACCAACAAUGGCGCAGCCGGAAAACAUCGUGUCCAAACUUACAAAUUCAGUUGCCACUUCAAAUAUAUUAUUAGGGCUUCAAGGGUUUGUCGCUGGCGCUAUCGUCUCGGGGUAUACGGCAUAUCAAAAAUUGGAAUUGCAGCGAUUGGUGGAAAUCAUGGACAACAUAAGGGACAGACUAGGCUCCCUGGAACAUAAUACCGCAACACUUGGUUUAGAUUUGGAUCGAAUCCAGAACGCGUUGCACAACGUUGAACGAAGUUUAGAGGACUACACUAUUUCAACCACAUUAGAAGGCAUAGAUAUUUUAAAGGAGUCCAUGAAGGAAGCCCUUCUUCUUUCAAACGUCGCAAAACUCCAGAUUUCUUCAUUACUUCGCAACAUGGGAAAGGACCUUUUAGACUCAAAACAUUCAAAAAAUCAACUCCAUGAGAACCAUGUCUAUACAGCUGUUACCGGAGUUGCCUCCUUUGGUCUUUAUGCCACUGUUGGUCUUGCGCCAAUUACAAUCCCAAUCGGUUUUGCGGCAGCGUACUAUUCAUGCAGGUACAAAAUUAAUGAAAAUGAGGCAAGGGAUAAUAUCGCCGAACUUAAUCGCUUAAUCAAUAACUUGUACAACUAUGAGAUCAAUUUGAAGCAAAUGGAGAUCCGUAUGGACAGUGCUAUGCUUGACCUGAAAUUAUUUCGGGUCCGGAUAAAUUCCAAUAGCUGGAGCAAUACUGUAAUGUGUAUGACUGCCCUUGCAGGAGUAGUUGUGUUAGUUUUCGCUGUAAACAUGUAUGUGCUUAGGAACAUCAUAGAUAGGAAACCUCAGGUCUCCCAAACUCCACAACCUCCGACCUCGGACCAAUCUCGUACCCUACGACAUUCAGAAUCUCCGGCCUCCUCGAACUCAUGCCUCCACGCACCCCGGCCUCAACGCACUCUGGCUUCCGACCUCCGCGCCUUUCGGCCCAUACAUCGGAGGCCUCCGCAAAAACUGGUACCAUCAGACCACCACGGUCUUCACCCUCCGUUAAACCUGGUACCUACCGACCUCAGGAGUUUAGAUUUACCAUACCGUAGAUCGCGCAUCUAUGCCAUAGAUUUGAGGUAUCACGCCUUACGGCCACCCACCAAUGUCGGACCCUCUGACCGCCACGCCCUUCAGCCUCCGACCAAUCCCGUACUGUCUGACCUAAGGCGUGCAAAUUUGCCUUCCGAAGGUAGGAGCACUCCGAUUUAUGAAGAACAGCGCAGCACCCACAAAGAUUAUGGACGGACUCUGGUUCAAAAUUUGCAAAAAAGUCAAAGAUAGUUAUUUUAACCCGGGCCAGAAAUUUAAAUGUAUGCAUGCAAAAUUGGCAAGAGGGGAGUGUGUAAAUAUGUAUGUAUGUGUUGAUAAUUGUGUUUAAAAUUGCAAUGUAUCUAUUACCCAGCAUUUUAAUAAAUUUAUGGCAAAGCCAAUUCUCUUCGUACCAUGUUUCCUAACAGCUCGACACCAGUAUGACCAACAUCUCACCUAAGAAAGUGAUUAUGUAAUGACCAACAUAAACAUGACAUUUCUAGUGACCUGUUUAUAGUAAUAUAUGUAAAUAAAAUAUACUCAAUACUAAAAUAAUAAUAAAAUAAACAUGUAGAUACAUAAAUAAAGACGUCCAUCUAUGAGAUUCUUAUAAUUGCAA